AUGAGCCCCGUCGCUACGCCAUCUCGGGAUUAUCCACUCGCCGUUGCCUUUAACGUUACAUAAAUUUUUGUCAUAAACUCACACAUUCGGGCACAGCAGCUGCUAAAUCGAUCAUUUACAUUAAUCAGCUAAUUCUAUCGACGACACGGCGGCUUGGAGGAGAUUUUUGUGUUCGUAAAUACGAGCUCAAGUUGACGCUGUUUGCUCGCUGACUCGGUUCAGCCGCCGCGGAAAUUUUCCAAGUGUGUUUCUCUUGAUGUUUUCUCCAGUUCAAAGCCAUGUUGGACGGAUCUGUGGGUCGUAACGACGAGGCGAACAUCGGCGACGUCGAAAACAACAACCCGAUCGCGGUGAUCUCCAACAACGACGGGGCCAAUCUGGCGAAAAGCAGGCAGGCGCUGCUGAAGAAAGGGGGGAAGAAACUUCGCUCGGCGGCGCCAUGUCCCCCGCGGCCGCCGCACCUCGGCACGCAGAAAGCCGCGAGGAACACCCCGGGGCCCGGCCGCCUGUCCGACCUCAACAACAACCACCUGUCCGCCUCACCUGGCACCAGAGCCGCCGUGCAGCCCGGCGCCGAGCCCCCGGCCGGGACGCAAACCCCGCUGACCCUCCACCAUCUCAAACUGGGAAGCAAGAAGGAGCUGCUGAAGUCUAAAGGAGGCAGAGUGGAGCGAGGCGCCGUGCAGCCGGGAGGCCAGCCCGUCCGCAGCCUGGCCAGACACGACCAAACGGCCCCAAACGCCAACGUCCGGAGCCACAAGGGCCGGCCGGGCCAGGCGGCCACACCUUCUCAGGUCACCAAGAAGAAAGACCCCAGCGGCCAGCAGAAGGCCUCGCCCCUCCGCCCGCCGGCCAACAGGGAGCAGAAGAAACCCCUCCACGCCUCCGACAACUUCAAGAUCGUCAUGCUGCUGCCACCUGAGCCGCAAGACCUGCAGGACGGCGAGAAGGUCUACGCCGGAGCCAAGUUCAGCGAGCCGCCCUCCCCGAGCGUCCUGCCCAAACCGCCCAGCCACUGGGUCGGAGAGAACGACCCGCAGCACGGCAGCCACAGCCGAGAGCAAAUGACUGUUCACCUGAAGACGCUGCUGAAGGUUCAGGGCGAGUCGUGACUGCCGCCUGCAGUUUCAAAGUGAAGCGGACCGGCCCCAAAUCUGAUCGGAGUCAAAACGUCACCAGUUGGAAAUUGGAAUUGGAAGUAAAACGGGCACGGCCUGAAACACGCUGCAAUAGAAUGUAGGGAGUUUUUGAGAACUGUAGUACAAUUUCCCAUAGGCGAGGAAAUCAACGUGCAGCCGGCGUUUGGUAAACGUAUUUUUGUUGACAUAAAUUUAAAUGCUGGAGAUGUGGCUGGCAUGCUGUUUUAUCAGUUUUUAUAUUGUUAAAAACAAGUACGCCCUUUACUGUUGUUCAUGGAAGGCAGAGGGAACAGGGAAGAGAAUCAUUUCUGUUGUUUGGAUCAGACGCGUCCAGGAGAGUUAUAGCGCCUGUUGUUUUGUCAGAGCGAGCUUUAGAGCGAGCGCGUCUCCAGCAGCGACGGCCGUCUCCGACUCGUGUUUACAUUUUGCAAAGUGAUGAACGCACUUUGAUGGUGAACAGUGUGGAGAAGGCAGCCUUGCGUUUGAACGACUUUUUAACAAGCUCCUGUAAAUGUACAUAAUAUAUUGUAGACAUAUAUAUGUGUAUAUUUUCCAUGUUAUUUUAACUGAGAUUCUAGUUUUGUUACUGAGGCUUAUCAAGAUGUCCCCCCUGCGAACUGAAGCACUUUUCUUACAGUUCCAUCGGUGGGUGGCAGCACCCACGUGGGGCACAUCGGGUGUGAGAAAGACUUUUUCUUACAGAUUUGCACUGAAAACACAGAAAGGCCAGGAAACGUAACUUCUUUUUUUUUUUUUUUUUUUUUUUGUCAGCCACUGUGGCUGGUUCAUCCCAAAGCUUCACCAGCCACUUUGACUAAUUUACCAGCCGAUCAGGCUCGAGAGAAUAGAGGAGGACUUUGAAAUCCUGGUUGGUCGCCUGCCAACGAGGCUGGGACAGUGAAUACACUUAACGCCUGCAUUAAGAACGUGCUGUCAGUUUGUGGUGGCUGUAGUUUGAAUCCCUCCCGGGCUACAGGUACGCCUGGAGUCGUGUUUGAGGACGGGGAUCAUGAAGCUGCGGAGGCUGUUUGUGGCCUCGACGCACCAGCGAGAGGAGCCAGAGCUCUCUGGGAGCUCCGGAGGACGACAAUGUGAAAAGUCUGCGAGCCGAGGAAACUUUAAUCGUGACGACGAAGCCGGUCUCCAGCGCCGAGACAGACUGCUCCUUCUUUUCUAACCUCGCCGCACUGACCUGAUUCUGUCUGUACGUUGUUGUUGUUUUUUUAAAGGAGACUUUCUGACACAGGACUUUGUUUCACAUACCUCUUCUUUACCCCCCUUUCCCCCAAGAAGUUGUUUAAAGCACUUAAACGUUUACCAAGAGUAUAUGUUGAACUUGCCACGGACUCUCUGGUCAUCAUGUACAUCGUGUCUUUUAUCAUGUGGACGCAGGCAGCUGCUGGCUCUUGUUUCUUGACCUCUGUGAUGUCGCACGAAUGGAAAAUUGUAUUACUGUAGCAAAAAACAAACAAACAAACAAACAAAAAAAAGAAACUGCCCAUUUUAUUGCAGUGUUUUAAAACAGUUUCAUUCCAGUUAUGAAAAUAACGAACUCAACACUCCCACACCGCAAUUUGGAGAAAAUAAAUGUUUAUUUUAUGAAGCGUUUCAUAUCUAAAUUGAAAAUUCUAUUAAAAUAUUGGUUACCCCUA